AUGUAUGGUUUCUUCCGGGUAUACGACACGACGAUGAUUAGUGGGGAUUUCUGGGCUGUGAUAUCCCAGCACGCUUUUGACUUUCACAUCGGAUUGUGUAAUAUGUGGAAUGUGUUCGCGGGCACGCCUGAAUUCAUCAGGGAAACUGCACCUCCAGAUCGAGGUAAUAUCCAGUUAACGACAUCUCGAGGAUAUUCGAACCUGUAUUAUGUGGAGCAAGUCAGGCAUUACAGGAUCCUCUACCUCCUGGGCUUCAUUUCUAAGUACAACAUCGACCGGACCUCCGAGUCGUUCACCUCAUCUCUCUUGCACUUACAUAAGUUCGCCUCUGUCAUUCAAGUCAUCAGCUUGGUCGCACUCUUCAUUUCGCAACUUCGCCCCGGUAAUGUUCCACAGUCAUAUGAGCCGAUGCCAGUUAACCAUGGCUCUCCGAGGCUGGGAUCGACAACAUCACUGCCAUAUUCCACUCGAAUAAGCAACUGA